AGUAACGCACACAGCGGAACGUCCGUGUCGGCUCGUCAGCCGCCCCGCCCACCGCCCGCACAGCGACGAACACCAGCUUCCUUUUCCUCCUCCGCCCUCCGGACAAUAACAACAGCUGGUAACAGCUAAAGAUGGCCGCCGCGACCAUGGCGGGGCUCGACGCUCACAGGAUGGAGGAAAAGAAGUUCGAAUACUUCUCCUCCAUCAACUCCAUGGCGAAGAAGAUAAUGCAGGAGAGGGAGAAAAUCAAAGCCAAGCACGGCCCUUCCUGGGAGAAAAUGACGCCCGAAGAGCAGGACAGCGCCAUCGACAACGGGAUGAUGGACCCCCACAUCCGAGCCCGAUACGCUAUGCACAGAGUUGAACGCGAUGAAGUGGUCUGUUACCCUAAACUGCUCAUUCAGACGGGACAGAAGAUUGUUCAUUUCGGAGACGAGGAUAUCACCUGGCAAGAUGAGCACUCAGCCCCCUUCUCAUGGGAAACAAAGAGCCAGCUGGAUUUCAGCUUGACAUCAGGCCCUGCAGACCAGGGAAUCUCAACCUCGCAGGCAGACUCAAAGGCUAUAAAGGCUCCUCAUACCAGCCAGCUCAGCAAGAGUACACCAGGAACCAAGGUGUCUGUCAGCGAGGGGCGCAGGCCAGAAGAAGAAUCAUCUUUCUGGAAGAUCAGCGCUGAGAGGUCCAGGCUUGAGGGAGAGCAAGCAGACUUCCAGUCCCUAACCCCCAGCCAGAUCAAAUCCCUCGAGAAAGGAGAGAAAUCCCUCCCAUCCUACCUCCGACAGGAGACCUCUGUCACCCCCAAGGAGCCUGAGGUGGCCGACCCCCACCCUCCGCCUCCUGCCAGGUCCACCAAGCAGCGAGCACCCAAACCGCCCGCCCCCCACCCCCCUGUCGCUGCUGCUGUUAGUGCGACACAGGCAUCCCUCUCCAUUUCACCAAACCCAGCCCCACCUGUCAGUGUGUCCUCGUCAGUUGCAGGCUGGGAGCGGUCUCAGAGCACCCUGCCAUCGGUCAGCAACACCCUGGAUGAAAUGUACUCCUCCAGCUCAUUGUCCAAACCUUCGCACAAACCCACCAGUGUGGAGAAAGAGAAAAGAGGGGAGGACGAUUCGCAAACUAGCCCGACCUUUGCCCAGUUCAACACGAGCAGCAACAUCCUGAAGACUGGAUUUGACUUCUUGGACAACUGGUAAACCACAGCAGAGGCCAGCCACCGCUCUGAAUGAAUCAUUCUCAUCAUCACUCUGAAGAAGGACCACACUGCCAUGACUACAGACAUCCACAUCUAGAUUUAACAAACACCAGUAUUUAAAAUGACCACAUUUUGUUCUCUUAAUUAUCUUCGGUGGCUUGCUAAGACAUUAUCUCACUGCCUGUGUGCUGGUGUUCCCCCCCCCACACUAGAAAAGCUCCCUUCCUGAGUAGGGUUGCAGCCCUUUAAUAUCUUGCCAAACACCAAAGGACUGAAGCUCACAGAUUGUGUGCGCUCACCCUGACUGUGCAUUCUCACUGCGAUCAGCUUGGUUUAAAGGUUACACAAUUCUGUCCCAGUCCACAUGUACACUGGUUAUUCAUGUAUUCCAUGCGUAUUGGCCUUGUAUACACACAUACAUUGUGUUUAAGUGCACUGAAAAUGGACCUUUUUGAAAGUCCUUCCAGAGUGAAGAUUUUUGGAAACGACGCAGACAUCCAAGUUCACAUCCUAAUCAGUUCUUACUGGAGUAGCUUUACUGCCAAAUGUGAACUCUGAGCACGUGUUACGAUUAGAGUUGCAGCAGUAUGAGAAUGUAACGGUACGAUAACCAUCUCAGGAAAGUAUCAUGGUUUUGCAGUAAAUGAGACACAAUUAUUAUUAAUGUUGUUAUCAGUUACCAUGGCCCUCUAAAGGAAUACAAAUAAAGGUUUUUCUUUUGUUGUUGAUGGUUUUAUUACCCUGUUCUAGUCUCCCCAGUUGAUAUACCGGUAAAUGUAAUUUUAUUUAUAUAAUUGAUUGACAACACUUGUACCGUAUGAUUUAAUAUCAUAGAUAAGCAAGUGUGCAUGAUACGAUAAGCGUCAUUUUUCACACCCUGGUGUACCUCUAAAACAGUAUACUGCUGCAACCCUAGUUGUGAUAUAUGGAGUUUUUCAUUUUGACAUAAUAGAAAGGAUGACAUGUCCUCUAUGUUUAAAGAGAAAAGAUCGGACAUUGAACAUACGCUGACAGGAAAGAGACAAAAACAACUGUAUACAAUGUUUUGAUAGAAAUUAGCAUUUCCCUCAAUUGUUAUUGUUCAAAUAAACCCAUGUACAUGUGGACUGCACCUAAGUCAGUGCAGGCAGUUUGGGUGCAACAAAUAGCUGUCAAAUGUACCAAAAUCUAAAUGCAUCAGCAACCAAGAAAUGUGGUUCGGAAGGCAUCAAAAUCAAUUGCUGUUUAAAAUGCAUUUAGCAAGAUGUUCAUCAGAUAGCUUUCUAGUUGUUACUUAUGUAACCAAAUUGCUGCAGUGCAGAUGUUCACAAUCAGCUGCAGCUGCUUUAACACCCUCCUCUGAGCUGCAGUGGGACUUACCCUGAUAGGCACGUAGUUUGGGGAAAACAGUGGUGUAAAUGAAGGUACAUUACAUAACACCUGGAUGUUGUGGACAGGGCUCAAAAUUCACACCACACAUGUUGGAAUUAAACAUUUUUUUAAAAGGCUGGUAGAUUGCAUUCCUCACCAGCCAAAACUAAUGAAAAGCAAUUUCCAACAAUUUGUCCGGUGGUCAGAAAAGUUAAUUUAGCACUGAUUGGUGAUAUGACACACUUGGAUGUGACAGGUGUAAAUGAGGCAUAUGUGGCGGGCCUACUUUGACUUGAUUUGGCAAAUCAGGAAGUCACCUGGUUUGGUAUUUUCUCCCAUAAUGGUUCGGUGUUUUGUCAACGCUGCUAUCCAGGAAACCAAUAAAAUGACUCAAGAGCUAAUCAAUAACCCUUGAAAUGGCUGCAGCUGCUCCACUUCGUAUGAAGGUUUAUAAGGUGGUGGAAAAGUUUACUAGCUGUUACAUUCCUCUAACCCAUUUUAAACUCGAUAUUAAGAGCCACGGUACAUAAAAGCACAUUCUAACUGGCAGUUAGAAUAAAGAAUAAGAAAAGUUGUGGCUGCCAAUUCCUUGUAACCUGCUGAUCAUGCUGUUUGUUUUGUGAAUGCACAGCAAUGGUGACUUGGCUUCCCUCACAUGCAUUUUAGACCCUAAAUCUAGCAAGCGAGGAUAUCUUCUGUACCAUAAGCAUGUCAAAUGUUCAUCUGUGCAAAACACUAAUCCUUUAUUUUUCUGUUUUAUUAUUUUGUCAUGAAGAUUUUGCUCUCUGUUGUGCUUUUAUUUAUACAUACCUACAGCAUAUAUUUCUAGAAACCUAAGAGUUGUAGAGCUUAAGUAGUUCUCAGUGCUGCAGUCUCGGCCCACAUAGUGCAUUUACUACAGACAAAUGUUCCUACUGGUUAUGGAACUCCUGGGAUAUCAUGGAGUUUUCACCAUUGCAUCACUUCAAAGGAAUAUAACAGAAUGUAUUUUCCAAGUUUCACACAUUCACAGAGUCUGAUGCUGGUUUUCAGAAAGUGGAAACCAGGCCGUCGUCCUCUCUGACAUUGACAAGGGAGAAGUGCUCUGACUCAGUCAUGGAAAACUCAUGGACUGUGUGGCCAGGCUGCCGUGUGAACCUGUUACAGAUGUCCUGUAUGGAUUUAGCUUCUUGCCAACACUCGCUCACCACCCCGACUGUCACCUUUGACCACAAACUAGUGCUGAGCAAAGCUAGUGUCUGUAAGACGCACUUAAACGCUGUGUUUUAGGUCAACAGGCAGGCGUGUAGUGAUUUGUACCACUUGUGUCAUAGAUUUAAAAUCCAGUUUACAUGACUAGAGUACUAUUUUACUGAAUUUUAUAUUUAUCUGCUGAUUGUACCUUAUGCUAUACAAGUAUAUUGCACUCAUGCAUUUUGAGAUCACAGAUUGGGAAGAAAUAAACUAAAGUCAGAUCCGUU